AUGCCUUCUGAUACUCCCAAAGAAGCUAAAUUACAAAUACAAUCUAAAAAAGAUGAAGAGCCACCUCGAUCCAUCUUGACUAAGGGACCAUCAUCGCCACCACCAACUCUUAAUCAGGAUUCAAAUAUUGUACAUCCACAACCAAAACAUUCUCCAAAUACCACAUCUUCACAAGUUCAGCCGCAGACACAAUCAUCAUCAACACCUUCCAAUCAACCAGCAACUAUCAAGUUAUCACCACAAUUAUCAAUCUCACUGGAAAAUCGUGAGACUGUGAUGGCGGGUGGUGCAUUGUUGAAAGAAAAACAGGAACCUUCAGAUAAAUCUAAACCUAUUAUCACCACAACCAACACCAACACUACCAACACCACAGCCGCUAGUCCUUUGUUAGACAAAGACAAGAAUGAUUCGUUUGCUAAUAUUAACUAUACUUUGAACCCACCAAAAGAAAGUCAGCACCACAAAGCUCCAUCUGUUCAUGCUCAUUUUUAUGUAGAGGAAACGUUACGGCCCGUCAGAAACCGUUCAAGAAGUGGGUCUGCUUCAAAUAAUGCAACCAGUUUGUCACCAGCAGCUAGUCCUCAGCAUGUCGAUAAUCCAGUGUUUCACAAAGACGCAAUCAAGAGUCAAGAAAGCAUAAGAGCUACAUCUGUUUCUUCUGUGGGAAGCACCCAAAGUACUCCACACUCAGCCGCUGCCAGUGCCAACGCCCCUUCAAGUGGCACUACAGGAACAGUAGCAACAGCAACAGCAGCAGCGCCGCCACCAACAACAACAACAGCUACUGGUACUGGUGAACAAAAUGCUAACACUGAUCCACGUUUACCUCAAGAUGACGGCAAAUUCCAUGUUUUAUUAGGAGUUUGUGGUGCAUUAUCGGUGGCGAAAGUUAAAUUAAUAGUUAACAAAUUGUUUGAAAUUUACACUCCAGAAAAGAUUUCUAUACAAGUGAUCUUAACUAAGGCGAGUGAAAAUUUUAUUUUACCAGAAACAUUGAGCAUUUUAGAGAAUAUUAAAAAAGUAAGAAUUUGGACAGAUAUCGAUGAAUGGACUACUUGGAAAAUAAGACUGGAUCCCGUGUUACAUAUUGAAUUGAGGCGUUGGGCAGAUAUUUUGGUUGUUUGUCCAAUGACUGCCAACACCUUGUCGAAGAUCACUUUAGGUAUAUGUGAUAAUUUAUUGACUAAUGUUAUUCGAGCAUGGAAUACUACAUUUCCUAUAUUAUUAGCCCCAGCUAUGGAUAGUCAUUCCUAUAGUUCAAGCACGACAAAGAGGCAAUUAAGAUUGAUUGCUGACGAUAUGCCUUGGAUUGAAGUGUUGAAACCCCUGGAAAAAGUGUUUGGCAGUUUUGGUGAUAUUGGUAUGGGUGGAAUGAUGGAUUGGAAUGAAAUUGUGAAUAAAAUAGUAAUGAAAUUAGGCGGGUAUCCCGAAGUACCAGAUGAAGAAGAUGAGGACGAAUCAAAGGAUAACAUUGAUGACUCAGGAAUAGUUGACGAUGAUGACGACGACGACGACGAUGAUGAUGAUGAUGACGACGAUGAUGAGGAGGAUGACGACGAUGAAGAAGAAGAGAAUGAAGGUAGUGAUAAUGUUAAAGAGAAUGUCAAGAAUAAAUGA